AUGGAUGAGCCGGUCAGCAGUCAGCCAGGUGAGAAUGCCGGAGAGGAGGGGGCGGAGGAGGAUGAGGAGCCCUUGAUGGGCUUUCUCGAGGAGAUCAACUGUCCGGAACCGGGCAUCAUAGAUCGAAGCAUGAUCGAAACCGCCUAUCUGGAGGAGGGCCAAAAAGGCGAGGCCAGACGACUCCACCAACUGGAACCAGUGGUCUAUGAUCGGAUUACCACCAUGCGAUUGGAAUUCAAGAACAUCCUAAGGAUUGACCACCUCUGGAUGAUGCCCAAUCUUACUAAGCUGUGCCUAAACUGCAACAAGAUUGAAGUCAUCGAGCACCUCGAAAUGCUAACUGCUCUUAAAGAUCUCAAUCUCAGCUUUAACUAUAUUACAAGGAUUGAGAACCUGGAAACUCUGGUCAAUCUGGAGAAGCUGUCCCUGUUUAGCAAUCGAAUCCAAAAAAUCGAGAACAUACAGACUUUGGAAAACCUGGUUAUCCUCAGCAUUGGAAAUAAUCUCAUCGACACGGUGGAAGGGAUUGAACGUUUACGUUUUGUGAGCACCUUGAAAGUCCUAAAUCUGGAGGGUAAUCCCAUAGCCAAACUGCCGGAUUUUCCGUUGUCCCUCUAUGUGACAGCCAUCCUACCCCAGUUGAACUACUACGAAUACGUUUUCAUCAAGUCGGAAACUCGGGAAGAAGCCCAAAAACGUUUCUAUCGCGAAUUGCGGGAAAUCGAGGACAAACAGGAGCGCGAGAUCCAGGGUCUGGAAACGGAGGCUCGUGAAAUGGCCGAGGCGGACCGGCUGGCCUCCAGCUUCGUGGAGCAUCUGGAUGGUCAGCAACUGUACGAUUCCCUGUGGCGAGACGAUGAGGAUGGGCGCAUCCUGAUGUUGGUGGGGCCACCGGCUCAGGAGCUCUGCGAGGAGUACUCCAAGGAUGUGUACGAUCUCACCCAGCAAAUCUAUCGCUUGGGAUUGGAGCGGUUUGGUGAGCGUGACGAGGAGAUUCGCGACUUCAAUACCAACCUGCAUGAGGGUCAGGAGGAGCUGCAGUCCCAGGGGCAAAGGCAGAUCGAGGAGUUCCUCCAGUACAAGGAGCGAACUUUCGACGAGAUGCGUCUGAAGUGGAGGGAGCUGGAUCAAAGGGACGAAGGCUUGGAGGAGCUGCAAACCCAGUUGGAUAAUCUCAAUGCCCAGUUUCAAGAUGCCCUGCACGAGAUGUGGCAAAGUCUGAUGGCCCAGGAGCUCCAUCUGCAUGAGGCUGUUGAGGACUCCACCCUAAACUUCGAUCGCAAGAUCUCCGAACUGAUGGCCAGCUUUGUGGAGCAGGCCCAGGUGAUCUUUCAGCAGCUAAGGGAUCUCUGCACUCAUUUUGCCGACAACAUGACGGAGAUUGUCACCCAGUUCAUCUCCAUCAAGCUCUCUCGCCAUGAACUGAAUGCCAUUCCUAAGGAGCUGAGGAAGUGCGUGGAUGAUCGCGAGGCAGUUCUUCAGCUGGUGGAGGGCAUGAGGACAACCCAUAGCGCUCGGGUAGAUGAGCGAGAGGAUCGCAUGGCUCAGCGGAGCAGGGACUUCAUAGAUGACAUGAUCACGAAGCUUAACAACAAAGAAGUAGACCGCCAUCGUGCCAAGAUCCUAGAGAUCAACUCGUUUAUGGAAAUGAUGACAGAGGCCUUGGCCAGCCUGCCAGAGGAACUGCACAAGGAAGCCUCUUCGGAUUAACAAUUUUAAUACACAUAAA